AUGGGGUCUAUCCACCAGUACUCCGUCCCCACGGAGGCUAAGAAGCUCUUUCAAGAGGGGAUCUUGCAGAACCCUCUGAUGCCUGAUCUACCAGAAGAACUGGCAUCACUGAGUAAGCUUGUUGUUUUCGAAGGAUCCGACAAACCGAUCAUCCCAAUUAAUUGGCGACUCGCGGAAAGCAUCUCAUCCAUCAAGGCCUUCGAGGCCACGAUGCUCAAUUACCUCUUGACCAAGAAGUACAGCAUUCCACCGGUUGAAAUUAAAAUAAAUACCAACCAUGCCAGUCUAUUCUUCAUGUCUGUCGCCAUCGCUCAAUACCUGAAGGAUGGGAAGCCGGUGCCAGCGGAUCCGUUUUCUGCAGACCUCAUCAAGUUGUUCCCCAAUGAAGAUAAACACAAGUCUCACGGGAGUCUCCACCGUAGUUUGACCACCAACAUCUACAAAACGAAGGAUGACCGGUUCUAUCAUCUGCAUGGAAACAUGGACCCGAAUCCAGCCCUGAAGUCCCUCGGCCUGCCUCUAGAUGGCGAGGAAGGCGAUACGUACGACGCUGUGGUGGAAAGGAUUGGAGCUGUAGUCGCUCAGCAUGACGCCGCGGAGCUUGACCGGCUGCAGAAUGAGACCGCCAAAACCUCAGGAACCAUUGCAUGGACAGCUGAUGAGUUCUUGACCACCGAGCAAGGUAAGGCCUGUGCUGACGUCGGAUUGUAUGAGAUCUUCAAAGAUCCAACCUCGGCCCAGCCCCCUUCUUGGUGGCCGGAAAACUCUUCGCUCCCAUCCUCGCCAAAGAGACCUCUCGCGGGCCUUAAGGUGGUUGAUCUGACGAGAGUCAUCGCAGGUCCCACCAUCACUCGGUCCCUUGCCGAGUUAGGAGCCAGUGUUAUGCGCGUGGUGUCUCCUCAUGUGACGGAUUUUUCCCCCCUUCACCAGGACCUGAACUGGGGGAAGUGGAACUCCCAUCUUCAUUUGAAGAACGAAGGAGACGCUGAGAAGCUACGUGAGCUGAUCCGGGAGGCGGAUGUGGUGGUGGACGGAUAUCGCCCUGGAGUGAUGGAUCGACUUGGCUUCGGGCGUCAAGCCGUAUUUGAUCUCGUCAAGGAUCGGUACCGUGGCAUCAUUCACUUGCGGGAGAACUGCUACGGUUGA